AUGUUCAAUUUGUUUCCAACGUCUCCAUCUCUAAGGCCGUGCUGGCAUAGUCCUCCUUCAAUUGCAGAGACAGCACAGUCCGCACCCGCGAACCCGGAUAGGCUAGCGUUGCUGAAGGGCACUGCUCGCUGUGAUUGCCUACCACUGACUGCAAAGGUCUAUUUGGAAGGUCGCCCCGCGGCUGUUCCAGCAUCACAGCUGGAGGUGGGUGAUCGCUUGCUUUGUUAUGAUCACCUGGCUGGAAGCAUUCGCUUCGUAGAUGUGAACGACUGCGGGGUUGUAUCUGGUGAAUGUGAGUGGUCUCACAUCACUAUGGCAGAUGGCACCUCAGUGAGCGUGACUGCUGAACAUCCAGUUCGAGUGGUUGGGGAGGUGGACAGUGAUGGAAGAGGAGCCUUUGGCCUUGGUGGUGGCCAGGUGGUGAAUGCCGGGCAGUUGAGGCCCGAGAAGGACAUGCUGAAGAUCUUGAGACUUGGCGCUGUGCCAGUUCAGACGAUGCAUCUAAAAUCGAGCCAGGAACCGCGCGUGCGAGUGAAUCUACAUCAGAGUCUGGCGCUAUUCCCUGUUUUGCUCUCAGGGUUCAGGGGCUGA